AUGCAGAAUGCAACUGCAUCAAAUACAACAGUCGACAAUCUUGCUGUUCUUAUCGAUAUGGGCUUUACAGAACAACAAUCGAGAGAAGCAUUAAAUCGAGUAGAAAAUUUAGAAGAUGCUAUUGGACUUUUACUGAAUGAUCAAAUUCAACCAUCACCACCGUCAUCGCCUGGGCUUUCACAAGCUGAUACAAGCGAUGAGGAAGCAUCUUACGGAGCUAAACCUCGUUGCAUGCAGUUUAUAAUCAAUACAGGUCAUUCGCAUCUGUCAUUUUCAGCUUGUUUACUGCAUAUAGCACAAGCAUCAUUUGAUCUCUACGAUCAAAUUAUAUCAUGUCGUUCACAAUUAUUAUCAUUUAAAACUUGGAAUAAUCAUGACGAAUUUAAACAACUAUUUGAAUGUACUAGUGGAAAUCAAUUACGAGAAUUAAAUCAACAAUUAGAAACAGAACAUCAAGAAAACCAAAUGUGUACGGUAUUAAUCAAUGAUUCAAAGUAUAAUGAACCGGUUUGUUUAGCUGUAUUUGGUAUUGCAUCUUAUGUCCAACAGUAUACAUCACAUUUGAAACGUUUACAAACAUGUCCAACACUAUUUUUUAUUGCUGACGAAAAUGACGAUAAUGAAAAUAUAAAUAAUGAUGAAAAUAAUAGUGAAGCAACACGGCAGCAGUAA